ACAGAGGACUGAUGGUUGCUGAAAAUGGUCCUCAUUAUGCCUGUGUGGAUGUUCCAUUAAAUAGUAGUCAUUUAUAGCAUUAACAGUAUCUACUCUGUAUUUCUGUUCAAAUGUGAUGUUAUUUUGAUGGACAAAAAACAUGCUUUUCUUUAAAAAAACAGUACAUUUCUAAGCGACCCCAAAAUUUGAACGGUAGUGCUAUGUCUUGAUAGAUCUGAGAGGCAUUUGCAUUUAGGCAUUUUUAACAUCUUGACUGAUGAUGACCGAAUGGACUAGGUAUGUUUAAUUAACAUUGUGUGUGUUUGAGAGAGAGGAGUGAGUGUGUGUGGGAGUGUGAGAGUGUUCCGUGUUCAGCCAGCCGGCCAGCCAGCCAUGAGAGUGAUGAGGUAGACUUGUGCUCCGCCAGCUGCUUACUGGCUGGAGUUAGAACAGGGGGUGGAGUUAUAACAUGGGGUGGAGUUACUUUGGCCUGCCUGCUGCAGAGAGAAAGCCAGAGCAAGGAAAAUGAGAGAGAGAGAGACAGAGCCUGAGACAGAGAGAGGGAGGGAGUGUAAAGCAGAGCAGGAGAGAAACAAGGCUGAAUCAGCUCCAAAGAAAAUAGAGCACAGAGGGAGAGACGGAGGGAGUCUCUGCUACGGCAUGCCUGCUCCUCCUGCAAUCUCAUUUCCAGUCCAGGCGCUUCUGCUGCUGCCUCUGGGGAGACCCAGGCUCGGUUUGAAUUGCCAGUGACCUCCUUCAGGCUGUUCCUUCAUCCUCAAUCACUUAAGUUUACAUUUUCUACUGUCGGCUGCCGGUGUAAGGGGGAAGACCGGUUAAGUUUCCUCGCCUUUCUCCUCUGUGAAAGGCGAGAUUAGCUAAACAUCAGUUUUGGACUCCUUUUGGAAUCGAUCCAUCUGAUCUGUCCAUAUUUGGGGGAGAAGAUUAAAGUAGAGGACACAACAGUCUCUGGAAGCAUUAGAUUCUCCAUCACUUGGGAUAUUGGAGAACUUUUCCUGCAUUUUUAUGAGACAAAGGAAUUCUUCCAAGAAGAUCAAAUUUAUUUGAUGGUUUUAAAUAUAUAUUGGAUCCCACCGUUACAAAUGUUGGCUGUGCCUUUUCUGAGGAGAGAACCAGGAGUAGUACGAGAGGGCAUAUGAGUAUUUGUCUUGCUGCUGGCUGUGUGACUCCUGUAUAUCUGUGCAGUGAGGGCUACGCUGAGGGAGUCCCUAGUCUCUGAUUGUAGCCAGAAGGCUAGCCCUCUCAUUGCUGCUGACAUGUCAGAGGGUACGCAGCUCAAGUCUUUUGGGGUUGAGCCCUAUCUACUGAUAGCUAGAACCAAGACGAGCUACUGAACGGCCUUGGCCAAAGCCCUCAACUCCCUGGAUCUGGUACCAGACCAGGUGCUUUCAGAAGGCUCCCUGGCUGCAAGAUGAUGAACUCUUCCCUGGACCUGCUGGACCUUGAGCUCGUGAACCAGAGCCGCCCUCCUUUCUGUCUCCUGGACGUGGGCUACUCCCAGAUCUUCAACAUCUGCCUUUUAGAGGUUGCCGUCAUCUUAAUGCUCACCGUGCUCAUUAUCUCCGGAAACCUGGUGGUUAUCUUUGUGUUCCACUGUGCUCCGCUGCUCCACCACCACACCACCAGCGCCUUUAUCCAGACCAUGGCCUACGCGGACCUUCUGGUUGGCGUUAGCUGCCUCAUCCCUUCCCUGUCCCUGCUGCACCACCUGAAAGGAAUCAACGCCGAGGUCACCUGCAAGGUGUUCGGGUACAUGGUCUCCGUGCUGAAGAGUGUGUCGAUGGCGUCGCUGGCAUGUGUCAGCGUGGACCGGUACAUGGCCAUAACACGGCCGCUGUCGUACGCCACGCUGGUGACGCCGUGCCGGAUCCGUGCGUGCAUCCUCCUCAUCUGGUUGUACUCAGCCCUCGUCUUCCUGCCUUCCUUCUUCGGCUGGGGUAAGCCCGGCUACCACGGCGACUUGGUUGAAUGGUGCGCGGUGAAGUGGGAGACCAGGCCGCUCUUCACGUCAUUCAUCGUGGUGCUUCUGUACGUGCCGGCCGCCAUGACGGUCUGCUUCACCUACGCCAACAUCUUCCGCAUCUGCCGGCAGCACACCAGGGAGAUCAGCGAGCGCCGUGCCCGCUUCAGCCCGCAGGAGUCUUCCCCGGGGCAGGACGGCCAGCACGCCCCGGCGUGCACGGACAAACGCUAUGCCAUGGUGCUGUUUCGCAUCACCAGCGUCUUCUACCUCCUCUGGCUUCCCUACAUACUGUACUUCCUGCUGGAGAGCGCCGGCAUCUACCGUCACCCCGCCGCCUCGUUCCUCACCACCUGGCUGGCGAUCAGCAACAGCUUCUGUAACUGCCUGAUCUACAGCCUGUCCAACAGUGCCUUCCGGAAGGGUUUAAAACGCCUCUGUUCAUUCUGCGUGCAGCGCGUGGACAGUGAGAAACCGUUUGGCCCCGGGCCGGGUCACGGACAGGGGUCCGUUUGCGCGCGCUCCACAUGCCACGUGUAGGGCCUCCCUGAGGAUCAUGGCGUCCCAGUUGGUGGCGUGUCGCUAAAGCAGUAGGCGUGUCUCACGCUGAUGCCUAGCGGAACAGGACAGGCUUGGCGGAGACUCACUGCCUCAGACGGUGUGGUUGUUUCCAGACAGUCGGAGGUUGGUCGGAGGGUUGCGUCCCUGGCCACUGCUGGCUGUCAUAGGGCCUGAGAACUGUGAGCCUUGCAUGGGAAAUGCAGCCCAGCACCAGUCAUGGGAGGGAGGUGGAGUGGAUGUCGGAGCAAGGACGUGGAGUUCUAGUACCCUGACCUUUUGACUCUAGUUACGAAUGAUGGAGUUAUGGCUACUCUGUUACAGCGUUUUGCCUGGAUGGAGUGUCUAUUGAUUGAAAACCUCCCUUCAGACUGUACUUGCCAAAAACACAAACUGUUUGAACUUAAGGACAUGUGUUCUUGCAGAAACAGUAUUCAAGACUGCAUCUUCCUAGAUGUUUGUGGAACAUUGUGUAUUUCUGCCAUUAUUGAAGUGUAUUGAAUGCAAAAAAAUUAUCACAUACUUUGCUGCUUUCUUAUGCUGGGCUGAGGGAAACAGUCAAUAACUGCUUAUUUAAAUAUUUUCUCUUAUGAUUAUUAUUUAAACAAGUAAACUGAAUCUUUAAAACGGGCGCAGCAACCACAAACUCUAAAGAGAAGCAAGUACUUCAUCAUUUAUUCAUAUCUUGGCUGCUCUGAGGCAGAGGUACUGUCAGAGACAAAGAGGAUUUUUUUUUGAGUGGAUCACUAGUGCCACUGGUUUACUAAUGGAUGUAAAAAUUUAAGUUGUAUGCAAGGUCCUACUGAAAUUUCAACUGCAUUCAUCCCAACCCAUUUUAACCUUAUUGUCUCUGCAUAAGUUAGAGCAACUGAUCAGUAGCCAAAUUACACAGAGGUUGUGGUUGUUGUGUCAAAGUGAAAGAUAAGUGUACUUUUUUUCCAAAGCUUUGUCCAAUUGCCUGUUAACGACCAGAAUUGACGAGUCGAUUAGUUGGUCCAAUUAAUUACUUUUUCCCCAUUGGUUAUCAAAGUUCUUUCUGACAAGACCUAAAUACAGCAAAGCAAACAGCCGCAUGCCAUACAUUUUUUUUUUCUUCUAAUUUGCAUGUUCCUCCAAUUACCUGGUAUAAUAAUGUGGUGCUCUGAUUGCAUAACUGUGCCUCCCGUCAUCAGAGUAUUUCAAGCUACUCACACAGGAGUUGGAACACAGUGAUUCGAGGCAGAGCCUGAGCGGAGCAGACAAACGGGCCAUUCUCUGACACCGCGUUCACCCUCUGUGCUGUUCCACAAAGGCCACUCGUUGGGAGGAGAGGGGACCUUCAGCCUUUCUUCUCUGAGAAAUACAAAACAAAAAAAGAUGAAACUACUAAGGUGUCUUUCAUAUCUGUGCCGUUCGCAGAAUGGGAGUAGACAGUAAUGGAUGGUGUUGUGGCCGUUGCGUGGCUGUAGUCAUUCAGGACACAGACAGAGUUGGUGCCGGCUCAUUAAGUGAACUUUGAAUGUCCGUGCGGCUUGGUGGGGCUGGUGAUGGUGAAUGUCUGCGGCGAGUGUUUAGCUGAGAGCAUUUGAGAGCAUCUGUGUCUGGCCUGGCAUUGUGAACGUUUCGUGCGUCUGAUCACAGAGAAAGCCAGGGGCAGGGAAAAGGAGAGAGAUCCAUAACCGCUAUGGAGCGCAGUAGGAAAGGUAGUGUGGACAAUGCACUUGUGCCCAUGCACCACACACACGUACACACACACACACUUGUGCGUCGUUAAACUGUGCCCUAGUAAGCUGUGCCACUGCAUGAAAACCCCAUGUCCAUCUCCAGCCCCAGAUGCAUCAAGAUAUUUCCCUUUCUCAGCCGGGACCAUGACACAACCUUUUUAAGCAGCCUUUUUCAGACUGCAUUCACCUCCCUUUUCCCUGUUCAGAACCUAUAGGGCUCAGAUCAAAACUAGUUCACUAUAUAGAGAAAGGGUGCCAUUUGGGAUUCUGCCUGAGAAGCAAGGACUCUGACUGGCAUUACUACAGUAUACAGUACAAUUAAAUUAAUUGCAGAUUUAAACGUACAACUGUCUUUGGUUGAAUGCUAUUUAAUGUUUAUUAGACUUUUCACUGGCUUUGGCUUCCUGUGAUUUUACUGUUUUUGCUUAAGGUACUCCUCCAUUUUGGGGAAAAACUUACAAUAGAGACAGUAGCUUUAUUUUCUUAAUUGACCAAAGGCGAUUUUAUUUAUUGGAUUUUGUACUUUAAAAAAAGAAAGAAAAGCUGAGAUGGAAAGUAGAAAGUGCAAUUUAGGGUGAUUUUUAAUGGAUUUUUUCAUGUUAUAAAAUGUACAAUGAUUAUACUAUGGACUGACAUUGAGUUGGACUACUUUGUUGUUAUACUGCCUCUGUAAUGAAUCCAGUGUUGUUGAUAAAAUAGGCUAGGGGCUCAUCAGAGUAGAGGUCUCAGGUGGCCCCGUACAGUGGUCUUUCAGCCAUUUUGGUUUUGGCUAUUACAAAUGUGUACAAAACCUUGUGCAUGUUUUGCCUACUGUAUAUAUUUAAAUUUGAUUUAUUUUUAUUUUUACAAAAGCCAACAAUUGAAAUUGUCAAAAUAAUUCUCGUACUUCUGCUUUUGGAAAAGUCCAUCUUUAAUCGAUUGAAGGGCAAGGUGCAAUACUUUAAUUGUUCUUUUAUAUUGUUUCCUUAAUGACUUGGAAAACACACAAUGCCUAUCAGACAAUAGAAAACCUUAAAUAUUUUCAUUUACCAAUAAGUGUGUAUUGAAGCGGUAGAUGUUAAUAGAGCUGUUCUUCUCUAAGGGCCAUGCACUGUUGUUGGACUGUUAGUGAUAUUUGCUUAUAAUAGGCCUUUUGCUAGAGUAAUUGCACGUUGUUAAUUUUUCAAAGGAUGUAAAGUCAUAGGUUUCUUGAAUAAGUGUUGGGCCUUUCUAGCUGUGUUGGACAGACACUUGAUGGACAGCUUUAAUAAUUUUUUAAAAGCUGUUCAGUGAAGCAAUGACAAAUGUUGAUGGAGUUUCCUGCUACUGUACCCACAAACUGCCUGUUAUUUUCUUUUCAAAUAGUGACAAUUUAUUAUGUGAAGGUGGAUGACUGCUUCUGUUUUCCAUGCGUUUGGGUCCGUGGGUUUACAAAUACUAUUGUGUAUUUCAAAGACUAUUCAGGUGGCCUUCAUUUGAGGCAGCUGGAGUUCAGUGUUUUGCGACGUGUCCAUCCAGGUGUCAGUUAGUUGAGGUAUGUUCUACCCAGUAUAACGUUUGGGGAGGGGGGUUGGCUGAUUUAUGCUUGUAGGACAUUUUCAUUCCCAAAAGCUGUGGCACGUUCCUUCUUUCACUUUCCUGUGGGAAAAUGUCAAAGCAUUAGAGCUAGUGAUCUCGGGGGACCCAAAUUCCCAUGAUGCCCUGCUCUCCACAGUGAUAUAGUGUUUUGCCAUAUUAGGAUGCUGUGAGACAUGAUGGGAUGCCAACACGGGAGCAUAGUGUUGUGGUCCAGUCUUUCCUGGAGGACUACACACACUGUAAGACACACCGGACACACACCCUUUGCCUUUCUCAUUUCCAACAUUACCCUAUUUACAUUUCUUAUGUGUUUCCUAAUGCUCUAAACUGUCUGUCUUGGCCGAAUUACUAGCUCAUGACCCAACCAUUUUCACUGGAUCAGAUUUCAGAUCAAGAAGAGAAUGGACUCAUUAACUGAAAAUCCUUGUCUGGAAAUGUCCCAUAAUAUUGUUAAAAAUGUGACUUUUUUUGUUUUUUGGGGAAUCAUUGCACAUUGGUUGAACAGUUGAAUAUUUUCAUCAUUCAUUGCAAAUCCUGGUUAAACUGAAUCUUGUCUUUAAAAUAAUCAUAUCCUCUGUGAUGUUUAAGGCGAGGUCCUAACUCGACACUGAGCCUUGUAAUAAUGUUGUGUUGUAGUCUAGAGAAUAAAUGAAUUGUCUGGAGGUAUUUAUAUUCUGGUAUAUUAUUCUGCACUUAGCAAA